CCCGAACGUUUUAGCGUUUUCAAUGUUUCCUAGUGCUCCGAUUUCUAUUUCCCUGCUCCGCGAUGAAUCACUGAAUGGAAAGAGAAAAAUUGAAUUCCUCUAUGCCCUGAAUCUGUUCAGUCAAACGCGCAGCAUCUUUUACGAAUGAGUGCAGGUGGUGCAUUUGGUGGGAAUAGAGGACUGAGACCGGUACCUCCGGAAAAAGGAGUCUUCCCUUUGGAUCACAUGCAUUUAUGCGACCUGGAAAAGAAAGACUACCUGAACUGUCUAAAAUCUUCCAGCCACCUAUCUGAAAAAUGUAGAAACUUUUCAAAGAAGUAUCUGGAGUGCCGUAUGGAAAAGAACUUGAUGGCAAAGCAAGACAUGUCAGAACUAGGAUUUGGGAAGGAAAGUGACAUGAAAACUUCUGGGGAGAAUGCUAGCGAGAGAAUUGAAAACCAAGGCUGAAAAUCACUUGGGAAUAAGACAUUGUUAUGAAAAGUUGGAAAAGCUUUUCUAUUGGGAUUGGUUCUUCGGUAAUGCUUUUUUGGUGUUAGUAGAAUAUAAAUUAUCAUAGAAAAUUUGGAAAGUUACAUGUAGAAGCCAUCCGAAAGAAACAUGAAGCACUGGAAUUUUGCACGUGUUACUAAAGUCGAGAGAGUAUUGAUACCCGGGUAAUAAUAACCCCAUUAAAUCAUGAUCAUGCCUUACCGGCACGAGUCUUUAUUACCUGA